AUGACUAACACCAACUGCCCUCACUGCGGAGGCACUGAAACAGGAGUCCAUCUUGUCUUCGAAUGUCCUUUUGCCCAACAAGUAUGGGCCCUAGCCCCCAUCAAACCGAACCCGGACUUCACCAGCUCUACCUCAGUUCACAGCGCCCUCACCGCAGCCUCGAGACUGGUCUGUCUUCCCCCUUCGGGUAUUGCAUCUGAUUUCUUCUCUUGGCUAUGCUGGAAUAUCUGGACUGCUAGGAAUCGGCUUCUCUUCGAGAACAGAACAUCGCCAGCCAUCUCUAUUGUAACAAACGCCUUAUGCAAUGCGAGGGAAUGGAUGCUGGCUCAGGAUAAAAAACCCGACUCUCCACCACGAGCUUCUUCCUACCUACCAUCUAUAUCCUUUCCACCGGAGACAGCGCUCUGUAACUCUGACGCAGCUUGGACUACAACCACUAAGCGGGCAGGCCUGGGAUGGAUUCUAGGCAACACCACUACCUCGCCACAAGUGUCGGGCUCCUCUGCUUCUUCUUUUGUCUCGUCACCACUCCUCGCAGAGGCCUUGGCCCUACGGGAAGCAAUCCGUGCAGCACACGCUGCUAACCUCCCCAACGUCUGGAUGCGAUCCGACUCUCAAGUGCUCGUUAGAGCAGUCAACUCGAAGAAAUUUCCAAUGGAGCUCUAUGGAGUUUUAAUGGAUAUCGAGUAUCUAUCUUCCCGUUUUAUGUUUUUUCUGCUUUCCUUUAUUCCGCGAGAGCAGAACUCUGCGGCUGACUCGCUAGCUAAAUUUGCACUUUGUAUUGAACCGGCCACUCUUCAGGCCUGA